AUGCAACAGCUGCUGCCGACGUCGCAGGCGGGCGACCGCCCUGCGGGCCAGUCGUCGGCGGUCAGCACCGGCGCGGCGUCGGGGUCUGGCACUGUCAAGGGUGUCGGAGGCGGGCAUACGCGCCAGGGCACCGAUGCGACGCAAGAUGGCCCACGACCACUGCAGCUGCCGGAGCACUUUAGCCAGGAGGUAUAUGACCGCGCCGUCGCGCUCACCGCCUCGGCGUUCCACAAUGUGAUGCAGCAGCAGCACCAGCACGAGCAGGCGGCCACGGGCGAGCGCAGCCACCUGCGGCACCCUGUUGGUGGAGGCGCAGCGCAGAAGCACGUGUCGAUGCACGAGGAGGAAGAGGCGCAGGGCCACGGUGGGCACGACGCGCCGUCGUGGUCGCGCGGCACUUCGCUGACAGUGCUGCUGUCUUGCACGGUGCUGUAUGCGAUCAUCGCCGAGAUCCUGGUGGAUGUGGUGGACGUCGUGCUGGACGGCUCGGGGAUCGACGAAAAAUUCCUGGGCAUCACGCUGUUUGCGCUCGUGCCCAACACGACCGAGUUUAUGAACGCCAUGUCGUUUGCCAUCAACGGCAACAUUGCGCUGUCGAUGGAGAUCGGCUCGGCGUACGCGCUGCAGGUGUGUCUGAUCCAGAUCCCCGCCAUGGUCGUCUUUUCGGCGUACUACAACGCGGGCAUCGCCGACGAUAACCUCAUCCACCGCAGCUUCACGCUCAUCUUCCCGCGCUGGGACGUGAUCGCGAUCAUCUUUAGCGUGUUCCUGCUCACGUAUACGUACAUCGAGAGUAGGUCCAACUACUACCGCGGCACCAUCUGCAUCUUGUCGUACAUGGUGCUGGUGGCCGGCUUCUACUUUGCACCUGCCACCGGCGACGUCGAGGAUCCCGGCGACGACAACCGCGAUCCGACUGUUGGGCCUGCCGCGUUCAUGGCGGCUGCGGGCAUCGUUGGCGGCGCUGUCAAGGACAAGCUCACCUCGUUCGCCGUUGCAGACGGCAGGUUCGGAGCGAGUCCUGCGGGCUGGACGCGCGCAUCGGGCGUCGCCGCGCUGCAGGCUGCCAAGAGCGCCGCCGGCCACGCAGGAACAGCCGCCGCGCUCGUCCUGCCCGAAUGGCCCAACAGCCUGCCGAGUCUGGACGUCGGCGCCUGGGCGUACGCUCUGUGGGCCUCGCUGUGGGCGCGCUGA